AUGGGAGUUCGGAACUCUGAAGAACAGGAGAAGCGUCGAGAUGCAUUGCUUCAGCUCCGGUAUGCAGAGGAAAGUCUCACCUCCGAGACUUGUCAGGAGGUGCUGAGUGCAGCUACCAAGGCGAUGCUGAUCUACAAGGAGUUGGGAGACGAACAGAGCGCGGCGGAUGCACUGAAGGCGGUGAUAGCUGCAGUGUCUGUCAAAGAGGGCGAGGAGAAGGCCUUGGCCAAUGCUCAGCGGGAGAUGGAGAACUACAGGAAGUGUGGAGAUCGCUGUGGAGAGGCAACCAUGAAGUUGGCGCAAGCGACUGUCUAUCUCGAAAAGAACCGGCUACAGGAAGCACUCCGCUGGGCAAUGGAAGCUCAGGAGGAGUUCAAGGCUUCACAACUGACCGAGAAGGAGGUUUCAGCUCAUCUCGUCAUGGCAAGGGCUCUUCUUGCGAAAUGCGAUACUCCAGAGGCCCUGCAGCCAGUGGCCUAG